AGAAGCUGCAGCGUGCUAACGCCACUUUCGCCGAUUCCGACCUUGGAUACUCCUUCUCUCUUUUCAACCCUCCUUCAUUCCUUAUUUUUGCCUGCUCAUGUCUUAUCCACGAAGGUUUGAUACUACGUCCACUACAAGUCUCCUUCACUCGGCUGGUCCAUCGCAGACGUUCCGACGGGAAUCAGAAUGGGGAGAGCUGCCAUCGCCAUACCCUUCUUCGACCUUUUCUAGUAGCUUAUCAAUAUCAAACAAGUUUUCACUUUCUGCGGAUCCACGGGCAUGGGGCUCAGAAUUGUCACCAAACGUAACAGAAGCAGACGAUGAGCUACAUAAUCCUGCGCUAGUCCGAGGGAAUUCAACAGAGGAUGGAGGGCUUGACGUUUUUUCCAGUCGAGGAAUCGCGAAUAUUGGUUGUUUGGUUGUCCUUGCCGGAGCAUUGCUGGCAUUGUUCGUCGGCUACCCAAUCAUCACUUAUGUACGAGAGCAGGACGAGUCUGCAGCUUUGAACCUGGGAAUCAAUGCGUCGGGACAGGUUCCAGAAAUAGGAAACUUUGGACUCAUCGACUUGGACACCCCAGAGGAUGCCAAAUAUUUCAAUUCAUGGCGAGACGGGAAGGAAUGGCGUCUCGUCUUUUCUGAUGAAUUCGAGGAAGAUGGGAGAACAUUUUAUCCAGGUGAUGAUCCUUAUUGGGAGGCUGUCGACCUUCAUUAUUGGCAAACCAAUAACAUGGAAUGGUACGACCCAGCCGCUGUGACUACAAAGAACGGUUCUCUCGUUCUCACGUUAUCUGCAAAAGAGACGCAUGGCCUUGAUUACCAAGGAGGGCUCGUGCAGACAUGGAACAAGUUCUGUUUUACUGGCGGAUACCUCGUUUCUUCCGUCCAACUUCCGGGAAUCAACAACAUUGUUGGACUAUGGCCUGCCGUAUGGGCUAUGGGAAAUCUAGGACGUGCAGGAUAUGGUUCAUCACUUGACGGCAUGUGGCCUUACACGUACGACAGCUGCGACGUUGGCACAGCGCCUAACCAGACAAUCAACGGACUACCGGCAAUAGCUCAAACAAGUGGUGCUGAAGACGCCAACUACGUGCUAUCAUACUUGCCUGGGCAGAGACUGUCGCGGUGCACCUGUGAUGGACAAAGUCAUCCAGGUCCGAAGCACAGUGACGGUACCUACGUUGGACGGGCCGCCCCUGAAAUCGAUGUAUUCGAGGCACAAGUCAGCGACGGGACAGGUCAAGUGUCACAAUCCGGACAGUGGGCACCAUUUGACGCCGGAUACGUUUGGGACAAUAGUUCAGAUAACUUGAUCAUCGCAGAUACUACUAUAUCCAAGCUCAAUACCUACAUUGGUGGGAAGACCCAGCAGGCAACCUCCGUUGUAUCGGAAACGAACCAAGAAUGCUAUCAAUUAGCAUCUGGAUGCUUUGCCAUCUACGGAUUUGAGUAUAAACCAGGCUACGCUUCAGAUAACGCUUACAUUUCUUGGAUCAACGAUGGCAAACUCGCCUGGACAAUAAACGCUGCUGGGGUCGGAGCAAAUACCGCCACGGAAAUUUCUGCCCGUCCUGUACCACAGGAGCCUAUGUACAUCAUGGCUAAUUUGGGCAUGUCCACCAACUUCGGAGAAGUCGAUCUAGAUCACAUCACGUUCCCUGCGGUUAUGUUGGUAGAUUAUAUUCGGGUCUACCAGGACCCGGAUAACAUCAACAUCGGAUGUGACCCGGAAGAUUACCCGACAGCCGAGUAUAUUGCGACUUACAAUGAGGCGUACCACAACCCCAAUUUAACAACAUGGGUCGAUGACUACGGUCAGACCAUGCCUAAAAAUUCGCUUGUCGACGGAUGCUAGAUCUCAUUUAUUUUUGUAUACAUCACGGACAACGUUAACGACAGUAAUGCAUUGCAAUCGCUGGAGCGAUGAUAUCCUUCGUUACCCUCACUACCUUAGCAUUUGUCGGUUACACGCACACCGCAUUCUGUA